CGGGACUUGAGCCGUCCGCCGCAGCACGCGCAGAAUGAGCUAGAAGAGCGAGCGAGCGAGCGCCGGAGCCGUUCAACGCAGCGGUACUGUAGCGGCUGCUAAAAAGACACCUCGGAGACGCGUUUCUGUCGAAAGGAUCGGGAAGCUGCUCGUCGCCCGAAAGCAGUCUUAUAAAGUCAGGAUGUGCUGCUCGUGGCCGCUCGUGUCUGUGCUGGUGCUCUGCUCUCUCCUGUCUGUGGUCACGGUGAGGACGGCUCCCUGUCAGACCUGCCGCAGACUCACCGACCGCUUCAUCCAGGGUUUGGAGCGAACAGCCAAUAAGAAUUUUGGAGGAGGCAACACGGCUUGGGAAGAGGAGAAACUGGCGAAAUACGCUCGCAGUGAAACGCGUCUGCUAGAGAUCGUAGAGGCUGCGUGUGAGAAGUCAGACUUUGACUGCAACAGACUGCUGGAGCAGAUCGAGGACCAGGUGGAGACGUGGUGGUUUCACAGACAGCAGGAGGCUCCAGACCUGUUCCAGUGGCUGUGCAUCGACGAGCUCAGACUGUGCUGCCCAGCUGGACACUACGGGCCUGAAUGUGCAGCGUGUCCGUCAGGUCCCGGAGGAGUGUGUGGAGGUCUGGGCCGCUGCGAGGGCGAGGGCACUCGUCUGGGAGACGGAGACUGUGUGUGUGACCCGGGAUACUCGGGCGUUCUCUGUCAGGACUGUGCUGACGGACACUACAGAGAAAAGAGCUCCAAUCACACGCAGCCAGCCUGCUCAGCUUGCCAUCAUUCCUGUAAGAAGUGCACAGGACCACAAGACAACAAGUGUCUGGACUGUAAGGCUGGAUGGAUCCUUCACAGCAACAAGUGUGUCGAUGUGGAUGAAUGCGGCACUGAAUUGGCUCGCUGUCCAUCCAACACGUACUGCUUCAACACAGACGGCUCUUACGAGUGCAGAGGCUGUGAUCAGGCGUGUGUGGGUUGCAUGGGAAGCGGACCUGCUCGCUGUAAGAAAUGCGCUCGAGGGUUCAGAAUCACUGGGGCAAAGUGUCUUGACAUCGAUGAGUGUUCGGAGAGAGCCAUUGCAUGCCCCGGACUCAAUGAAGCUUGCAUCAAUGAGGAGGGCUCGUUCCGCUGCGAGUGUGCCGAGGGCUUCAUCCGACGGGACAGCAUUUGUGUGGAGAAUCUGCCACCAACGGGGCCGGAGAAGGGCUUGUUCGACGACAUGACGGAUGACGAGGUGCUCGUGCUCCAGCAGAUGUUCUUCGGCGUGGUGAUCUGUGCUCUCGCCACUCUGGCUGCUAAAGGAGACAUGGUUUUCACGGCCAUCUUCAUCGGCGGAGUGGCUGCCAUGGCAGGAUACUGGCUGUCGGAGAAGGGCGACCGCGUGCUGGACGGCUUUCUUAAAGGACGCUAACCAGCCGGACGCUGAUGACUCUGAAACGGUUUGGUGAGCGCCACGGCGGCUCUGAGAGCGAUGCUAGCACCGGGCUGGAGGGGCGAGACCAGCGCUCUGUGGAUGAUGAUGAUAACACUGUGUUUCAACAGUUCAACUGCUGCUGUAUUUAAGAGACUCCCGGUUAGUGGUGGUUAUGUUUGGGCAAACCCCAAGAGACGUACUGUAUGCAACCCAUUCAGGUAGAGCUACUGUACAUACUGACAUUCCCACUACCCACUUAUUUACGCACAUUUAUACAUCGAUACCGUUUUCCUAUUUAAAAUCCGUCCCAAUUGCAUGAAUGCAGCACAGUCACAGAAGAUGUCCAGUGUGUUCUCUCUCAAACCAGGACUCUGUGUGUGUGUGUGUGUGUGAGAGAGAGAGUACUUUCAACAGGGUUCCCACACUGAAUUUACAUCGACACUAAGAUUAAAAACCCUCUCUUUGUUUUAGAGCAGAUUCUUGAAACGAUCAUGAGGAAUCAGCGUGUCUUUCAAGCUUUACUCUUCACAAUGCAAUAUCUCCUGUGCACAACUAAAUGUGUCGAGCUAAUCAUUGAUACGUCACCCACUUUUUGUUAAAUAUCACAAGCAGGAAAACCCUGAAACCGUAAUUUUACCGCUAGCUGAUUGUCUCUGGCUGUGGGGACCCCGUUUUAAAUAUGCAAUGUUAGAAUACGGUAAUGAAUGUGACUUCCAGUUUAGCUGAGUGUACUGUACCUGCAGAUUUCAGCACUUGUGGCCUUCCAGUCAUUCGUUUGACAGAUGUUUUUAGUUCCAGCACAGCCGGUGUUCGUGCACUGAUCGUAUCUGCAUGCUUUAACUUCUGCUUUAGAAGAAAAUGUGGAAAUAUUUCAUCACCGAUUCUGUUUGUCUUGUCAUAUUUAUUUAUUUUUUGUCCAAUACGAUUGACAGCCGAGAUGUGGGCAUGACUUCUGCCAGCCUUAAUGUGAAUUGUUUUGAUUCGUUUCAUCACGGGGUGGAAGACAUCGACUUUCCUUUACUCGUGCAUACCUAGCAGAACUCUACGAUAGAAAUCAUUUGAAACUCUUUUACGGGCACGCUCUUCAGCAUUAUGAACGUUUCGUCUCGCUUUUUGAAGUUUACGUGGAAUCAGAAUUGUGAUAGACUCAUCAGCGCAUGCUAUUCAAAGAAGGUUUUCAUUAAAAUGUAACGAGCUCUGAAGCAGCUUACCAA